GGAGGCCAUCUGCCAUAAAGCCGAAGAAGAAGAAGAUGACUUGCUUUAGCAUUAGAAGAAGAAGGAGUUAUCUGAUACCUGGACUCGAACCUACGGAUUAAAGUUCACACGUCACGUUGCCGUGUGAUGUAGGAGACAUGUCUCUCCAGGUGGUGCUGCAGCAGAGGAUCACCUCUGCCCAGGUGUUGCUGCAGAGGGCAGAGCUUCUGGUUCCAGGUGUGGAGGGCCACCAAAAGCUGUGUAGUAAGCUGCGGGCGGAGCUGCGCUUCCUGCGGCGAGUGGAGGCCGGAGAGCUGCAGGUCCGAGAGUCUCACCUCCACAGCACCAACCUGACUCACCUGACGGCCAUCGUGGAGUCCGCAGCAAGUCUGGAAGACGUGGUUGCUCUGCUUCACGUCUUCACCUACCUGGAUGCCGUCGGCCACCGGCAGACGCUGGUGGUGGACGUGGUGGCGAACGGGGGACACACCUGGGUGAAGGCGGUGGGCAGGAAGGCUGAGGCUCUCCACAACAUCUGGCAGGGGCGGGGCCAGUACGGAGACAAGAGCAUCAUCAGCCAGGCCGGGGACUUCCUGCAGGCCAGCCGCCAACAGGAAGUCCACUACCGGCCCCCCCACAUCGUCUUUGCCUUCUAUAACGGGGUCUCCUGCCCCAUGGCCCAGCGCCUCAAGGACAUGGACAUUGCUGUCCGCGGGGACAUUGUUGCCGUCAACAGUGUGACGCUGGAGGAGGAAGAGGAAGAGGAGGAGGAGGAGGAGCCGCCAACUGAAGAUAACGAGAAGGAGGAGGAGCCAGCUGAAGGUAAGGAGGAGGAGCCAGUUGACGAUAACGACGAGGUGGAGAAGAGACCGGCUGAAGAUGGUGAGGAGGAGCUUACCAGAGUGGACCGGGGGACGGUGGUCGCCCGCUUGGCGUUUCCUGCGCAGGUGAAGGUGGAGGAGUGUCGGCGAGUGAACCUGGACAUCACCACACUGAUCACGUACGUGUCGUCGCUGAGUCACGGGCGAUGUCACCUCUCCUUCCGGGAGCCGGUGCUGACGGAGCAGGCGGCUCAGGAGCGCCAACUGCCGGUGCUGCCGCGGCUCGACGACUUCCUGCGAGGGAAGCAGCUGUUCGCCUGCCGCGCCGCUGUCCGCGACUUCCAGCUGAUCCUGGACACGUUGGGGGGGGCAGGUGAGAAGGAGCGUGCCCGUGUGCUGCUCGCUCGCCUCCAGCAGGUGGACGAUCAGCCGUCAGAGCGCUCGCUGAUCCUCACGCCGAGCGCCAAGGUCAACCGCCGUUCGCUCCUGAUCUUCGGCACUGGAGACUCGCUGAGGGCCGUUACCAUGACGGCAAACAGCCGGUUUGUCAGGGCGGCCGCCAAUCAGGGUGUCCGAUACAGCGUGUUCAUCCACCAGCCGAGGGCGCUGACGGAGGGCAAGGAGUGGAGGGCCACGCCCAUCUGAAGAGACUUCCUGUGCCGGGGCUGAUGGGGGUUUGAGUUGUAAUACCAAGGGGCUGAUGGUAAUUGUAGUAAUCAUGUAAAUGAAUCUGAUCAGAUGAGGUUUGUUGAAUGACAUCAUAAUAAAGCAUCACAGUCACUUCCU